AUGGAGUGGGCAGCUUUCAUGCACUCAGAGCUUGGGGUUAGGCGCGCGGUCUCCACCAUCUUAGAUUCUGCAUCUGGAUUGCUGAGCGGUUUGGUGGUGCUGCUAGGCCUUAGUCCCAGUCUCUGUUGUAGUGGUCGGGGUUUCAGGGUGAGGACCGGUAUCACCCCCGCCAGUCCAGAGGGGGGUGAACGGAGCCGGUUCCUGGAGGGUUUAAGCCCCAGGCUGGACACUGUUCGGCAGGAUAGCGGGGCGGCGGCGGCCGUCCGCUCCACUCACCGCCGGAGUUGGCCUCAACUUCGGCGUUAAAGGUUUCUCCACCAGAGGACUAAAACUCGUCGAGGAAGCCUCACCCCGGGUCCAGUGCACUCUGCCUGUCGAGGGCCGCUGUUACUGGUCAGUAUUUUGGGCAAAAGUCAUAGUUUUGUGGCUGAAUGGUUUAGUUUUUGAUGGAGCUGGCCUGUCUUGCGACCGUCCAGCUUGGCGGUCCGGCCCCGCCCCCCAAUUAUUGGUAUUUUAAACAUUUAAAUAACGCUCCACUGUGUUUUUAUUUUUGAUUUGUACGAAUUGUGUGUGCCUUGGGAGGAUUACACAUACAGUGGUAGCGGCUAGAUACUAAUAUCUAUAUAAACAAUAUUAGAUUUUUUUCACUAUUUUAAAAUAUAGUGCUUGUUGUGUAAUAUGAGCCAACACCUCUAUCCUUAAACAGUUCCUUUCUGACAUUAUUCUGCCAUUGUAACGCUGGUUUUAAAUUUAUCAAUGAAUGAUCGUGACUGUAACAUAUACUUUCUCAUUUUCAACAGGGCAACUACUUUGGAUUCUAUGGAUUUGGGAAUAGACCACCUUAUAAUUCUGAAGAAGCAAAUGAAGAUGAAGAACCAGCUAAAACCGAGAAAGAGUCCCCGAAAGCAGAGAGUCCAGUAACCGAGUCAAGCAAUGUAACAGUUGAUAUAAUUUCAACAACAGUAGGUCCAAUCCUGGGAAACAAUGCCACACAUAAUGCAAGUCUGGUUGGUGAGAAGUCACAAAAUGUUAGACCAGAUGGUCAAAAUAUAUUACCAGCAGCUGGACCUUUUAUACCUGGUAAUAACAGAAGAAAUAUAGAGAUAUUAUCUAGUUCAUUCAGACCCUCACACAACAUAUAUAGGCCACCAUAUCAGCAGAAUAUUUUACGAAACCCCCAACAUAAGUAUUACACAGUUAACAAAAUUUUAGUAGGGCGUGGAGACAAUCCAAACAAUAUUCGCCCACAUAAUCACUUAAUCAAUAAAGCCCCCUUAACAAAUACUUUUGAUUCUGGAAAAAUGUCUAGCCACAAGGAAACCCAGCCCUCUAAUGCAGCAAGAAAAACAGAUGUGCUGAGGCAAGGCCAUGCUAAUGGCUACAAGGGCAUUUUCCAAGAUCCUGGAGCCACGUUGUCAAGACAUGAAGGUGGUCAGCCACAUAGUGGCAGUACUAGGCCAUACCUUGGAGAUCCCAUGAAACACUAUGAAAAUAGUCCAGUAAAAGAUCAUUCACCUUGGCAAGUUAACAAAAACAUCUCACCUAACCAAAAAUUUAUCCUUGUCCAUCCACAAAACAAUGAACAUAUAAAUGAAUAUAAAAGACAGCCAAUUACUACAGAUCAAAAACAAAAUAUCCCAAGGGGGAUGUUUUCUAAUCAGCAGCCUAUACAACAUCAAAACAAGGGGAGUGAUCAGAAAAAUGAUGUACCGCAUAAUAAAGUCAAUUAUCUAGGUCAAUUCAGCAAAGUCCUAAAUAAGAAUGAUGGCUUUUUUAAACAAAGUGAAGUUCUUCCACCCGCAGGGGAUGCUACAUUUUAUGAGAAAGAUGGAAGAGUUUUUCAGAAAGUUAACACAUGGAACAGCAAACAAGACAACACAGAAACUGUUAGAAUUAAUUCUGGGCCACAGCAGGAAACCAUUUUUAUUUUAAGUCCCAUUACUUCAAGUGACAACCCAGUGCUCCACAAUAAUCCCCUGGGGCAAGGUCCAGACAAUUCAUUGAAUAUUGCUUGGGAAAAGACAAUAUAUCAACAUAGAAACCCACAAUAUAACAUAUUAGGCCAAAGAAAUAUUGAUAUUUAUCCAGAGACUGAAUUUUAUGGCCAAGCUAGCAAUGUACCCAACACAGGAAAACAAUCUUGGGACAAUGGAAUAGGUUUUAAAAGCCCUCAAUAUGACCAGCUAGACCCAUUAGUGGAUGCUCAGCACACCCCAGCAGAUCCAAUAAGUCAAGAUAUAUAUAUUAUCAAUGAUGGAGCUCCAACCAGUGAAAGAAGAUAUGUUCUAAUUUCCAAUCUAGAGUCAUCAAAACACACCGAGAAUCCCACCUUUGCUGCCAACAGACCUUUGUAUCAAGUCAAACACUCCCCCAUGACCCCACACAAAGCAGUCAAAUCCUAUGAUUUUGUUGAUUAUGAUGCUUAUUCACAAACACAAAAUAAAAAUAUACCACAUGUGGCAAAUAGACAGUUUGAGACAACAGAAAGUGAGCAAUUUAAUAUUGGAAGUGAACUACAUCCUAAUCAGGUUGAUCCUAUUCAUCUACAACUAUCACCUUAUUCUGAAAUGCGUUCCUGGAGUUACAAUCCAGUUGAAUUUUCACAUUCUCGCACAAAUUAUGAUACUUAUCCUUCUGGUAUGAGAGGACAGCCCUCAUAUCAAAAAGAAGUGGGAAUAGACUAUGGAGGUUCCAGGCAUUACACUUGCACUCUUCCUAUAGUUGAUGGUGACCUAACAGGAGGACACACCAACCAAUUGCUAUAUGUUUGCUGUAAACUUUCUGAUGUGCAAUCAGGGACUCCUUCAGUACCCAUGGAAACCCCCAAUGAUUUUAGAUUAACCCUAAAUGAAUAUAAUGAAUGGGUCCCAUAUCAAGAUAGAACUCACAGGCAACAUACAAGAAAUGUAUUAGAUUCUCCAAAUGUUGGUUAUAACCAGAACAGCAAUACACUAACAAAAGGCUGCAAUAUCACAAAUUAUGAAAAAAUAAUGACUUCUGAAAGAGAACACCCAGAAACAUUACCGUGCUUAAAUAAAGGAUGUCAUGACCAGAAAAAGGAACAUCCACAUUACAGUUUGGAUGUUAUUGACUCAAAACCAUGCAGUAGAGGAGAUUCGGACAUAGACCUAUCAACUUCUCCUAAGAAAAUUGCUAUGACUAUUGAAAACACAGAAGGACGAUCGAUAAAUAUCCAGGAUGAUGGAUCACUUUACAGAAGAAUAGAGAAUGAUGUCUUGCCUAAUAAAGCAACUGGAAAAUUACUACGUAUUUUGACCUGUUCCAAAGACAGGCAAAACCAUACAGCUAAUAUUUUGAAAAAUUUAGGUGGAGGCAAACCAAGUGCAUUCUCUUUAAAGCAUGACAUUCCCAUUGAAGAGGCAACAACCAAUGCAGGUCUUAUUAGGCCUGAUGGGUCUUCUGUGUUGUACCAACCACAGGAAAGCAAAGUCAAUGCAGAUAGCAGUGUGCCAGAUUGUUUAGUACUUAACAAAUAA